AUGGAGCAUAAUUUCAAAUACGCAGAUGCAUACGAGAAAGAAGUUUAUCAGCGAUACGUCGACAAGUGUAAAGUGUUUUAUGCAGGCUCUACCAUGGUGAUUUUCUUCACUGGGAUUGUAUUAAUAAUAACGCCGUUGAUUAUGCCAGAUCAGAUCUUACCUAUAGAAGCAAAAUACCCUUUUGACGUGAAACAUGAACCAAUGAAAACUAUUGUCUUUCUGCAUCAAACCAUCGUUAUUUGUCAGGCUUUUUCGAAUGUUUGUCACUGUUCUCUUAUCGGUCUUUUUAUAUGGUUUACUACGGCUCGUUUCGAAAUCUUGUCGCAUCAAUUUCGAAGGGUCACCGGUAUUUACGAUAUCAUCGCAGGUAUACGACAACAUAUAAAACUGUUAAGCACAAAUGUUGCGCACGCAAUAUAUGAAUCGCUGUGGUACAAUAAGGACGCAACUUUUCAAAGAAGUCUAUUGUUUAUUUUGUUCAGAAGCCAAAUACCAGUAGUCGUCUCAGUUUCCUCUAUGUUACCAGUUUUAUCAUUAAAUUAUUAUGCUUCGUACGUAUCAACAGCUUUCUCUUAUUUAAUGACAUUGCGAGUAAUAUUUAUACAACCGAAAAAUUAA